UUCUUCUAGCCGCAACCCUGGAAAGUCCCUAUUGUUUUGACCUGAUACACCGGGCCAUUGACAGUGACUUUUGACAGAACUUUUCGAAGAAGAUGUUUUGACAUGAGUGGCGGAUUUUCUGGUGAACUCGGAUUGGAGUUUUCAUUUUUUCUCAUUUUAAGCUUGGCAUGCAUUCGCUGUGAUCAGUAUGAAAGACACCAUCUCCAGUUUGUUUACACCGUCCUCACCAAACCUGAUGGGUUCUCCGGUCCUGUGUUCAGUGCAGUGGGUCUGUAUGACGACAGACGGAUCUCUCACUACAGUAAUGAAGAACAAACCUGGAAAAGAGACAGUUCAGAUGCAGAAAUCUGGAGAUAUACCGAAGAACCUCGUGAUUCUAGAGACUGGUUUAUAAAUCUGGUUAACACUCUGACGAACUGCACAAGCUCCAGAUGUGAUGGGCUCCAUACUCUACAGAGGAGAAUCGGCUGUGAGGUGGAAAAACAUCCCGAUGGAUCAAUGAUGAAUGUGAAUGCAUUUGAUGAGUACAGACAUGAUGGAGAGGAUUUUAUUGCCUUUAAUUUUGAAACAAUGCAGUGGAUGGAGAAAAGUCCAAAGGCAAAAGAAACCAACAUGAAGUGGAAAAAUCAACAACCUCGCAGACAAGUCCUCAAGAUGGAGCUCACAAACUGCAUGGUCUGCGUCUCCACAUUUAAUGAUUCAGUCAGAGCUCCACCAGCUCUUUACAUGUUUGCAUCUGAAGUUCCUCAUGACAAAAGCAAACUGAUUCUGACCUGUCUGGCCACUGGUUUCUACCCCAAACACACGGAGAUGAACGUCACACAAAACAACAUCACACUCCAACCAUUCAGCUCUACUGGAGUCAGACCCAACAAUAACCAGACCUUUCAGAUGAGAACCAGUGUGGAGAUAAACAAAGAUGAGAAACAGGGUUAUGAGUGUCACGCCCUUCACAGCGGUCAGACAUUUGUAAAAUCAUGGGAUGCAAACUUGGAAAUUAAAGGGAUAAUUUGUCACCAGGAUUAGUUGUAGGUUUUUUUGUAAUUGCAGGUCUAUUCAUAAUCGUCAUGUUUUUAAUCUACAGAGUGUUAAAAGGCCAGAAUAAUUGUAAUGGUUUCACCAGAAGUGAGAUUUCAACUCCUGAAUUCUAGUGAUCAACAUGACAAUUGUGAAUACACAGAUGAUACAGGUACUUCAGGACCAGGUGUCACACACAGACGAAGGCAGAGACGGAGGUAAGUAACCUGUUUAUUAAACAGGUUGUCAAACAGUAUUCAGUAGUAUGGUUGGUAAGAGAUCUUAUCUGAGCAGUUCAUGUAAACGGGUAAGCAAAUCCAAGGGAGCAGACGAGAGAAUCAGAGUCCAUAGAAGUAAGGAGGAUCAGUGAGCGCGAGGGAUGUGAUCUGUAGACCAGACAAUGAGUGACUGAACAGUCCAUGUAUUUAUAGGGGUGUGGUAAUUGGAAUCAGGUGCGCAGUCAAUACGGGGGUGUGGUCUGAGUGGGUGACUGAGGUAGAACUCUGACACCAGGGUUGUGAAACAGUGAUUUAAGCUAUCUGCCUACAGCAGGGAUCUCUAGCCCCGAUCCUGGAGAGCUAAACUCUUAAUCAUAAGAGAAAAUAGAGAAGAAACUAUUUUGUCUAAAUGGUUCCAUAAAGAACCUUUAACAUCUGAAGAACCUUACAGAACCUUUAACCUUUAAUUAAAUGGUUCUUUGUGGAACCAAAAAUGGUUCUUGUAUGGCAUCGCUGUGAAGAACCUUUUAAAGCAUCUUUAUUUUUAAGAGUGUACUUUCCUGCAAAUGUCAGAUCCAAUCCCAAACACACUUUUAAUUAUCAAGUAGCCUUUGGGUGUGUUUGAUUUGGUUUUGAAGCUGAAAUCUGCAGGACUGAAGCUCUCCAGGAGCAAAGUUGGAGACCCUUGGUCUAUCCUAAGCACUUUUAACUGUCAGAAACAGAGUUGUAGCAAGUGUCAAUAUGUCCUGCUUUAUGCACUGCUGCUUUACACUAAUAUAUGUCUUGAAUGAAUAACAAAUACCCUUUAUCUUAAAUACCCUUUUAUACCCUGCCUAUAGCAGGGAUCUCAAACCCUGAUCCUGGAGAGCUACACUCUUAAACAUAAAGGUGCUUCACGAUGCCAUAGAAAAAACUUUUUUGUCUAAAUGGUUCCAUAAAGAACCUUUAACAUCUGAAGAACCUUACAGUUUCCUUUAAAAGAACCUUUAACCUUUAAUUAAAUGGUUCUUUGUGGAACCAAAAAUGGUUCUUGUAUGGCAUCGCUGUGAAGAACAUUUUAAAGCACCUUUAUUUUUAAGAGUGUACUUUCCUGCAAAUGUCAGAUCCAAUCCCAAACACACCUUUAAUUAUCAAGUAGCCUUUGGGUGUGUUUGAUUGGUUUUGAAGCUGAAAUCUGCAGGACUGAAGCUCUCCAGGAGCAAAGUUGGAGACCCUUGGUCUAUCCUAAGCACUUUUAACUGUCAGAAACAGAGUUGUAGCAAGUGUCAAUAUGUCCUGCUUUAUGCACUGCUGCUUUACACUAAUAUAUAUGUCUUGAAUGAAUAACAAAUACCCUUUAUCUUUUGAGGUCAAAUGGAUAAAUUUGCUGUGAUUAAGCAGUAUAAGUGUGCCAAAUUAUGGGGGAUUUUUGUGCAUAAACAGCAAAGGUGAAAAACUGAAAUGUAUUAUUCAUGCCUAAAAUGUAAACACAUUUGUGAAUUCCAUUUUUUUUUUUUUGUCCUUAUUGAAUUCCUGUAUUGUUGAUUGUAUUAAUAUUUUAAAUCAGGAAGCAAACAACUUAAAAUGUUUUACAGCUGUGUGUAAAUUAGUAAUGUCCUAUUUAUAUUUGUAUCUUUUCUUUUAGUUUUUAUUUUUAUUCUUAAAACUUAAACACGGAAGUAAGCCUAUGUGUGACACUUCCAGUUAUAGUAAAACUAUUUGCACUACAAAACCAGUGUCCACAAUGAAGUUAAUGCAGUAAAGUAAUAUGUUAAGACACACCAAUCUGCACUAUUAGAUGCACUGUUUUGUACAUCUAAGAAUAGCUGUUCAUACAAACAUCCAGUUGAUUCUCAUGCAAA